UCUACUAUAUUUUUUGACAGCUUCUCAGGUGAGACAUCUCGGUCAGGAGCUGUUUCACUUUCUCUUGAGUUGACGAACACCCUCACUGUGAGCCUGGGGUUGUUAAACUCAAAAAACAGUCAUUCGAAGCCCACACACCACGGCAACAUGAGCAAAAAGAAAAAGGAGUGGAGAGCGGAGAAAGAGCGCUUGCUCAGUCUAGGACUUGAGGAGAGACGCAAAGAAUACAGAGGCAGCUACAUCACCCUGGACAACAUUCCCACCUGGAGAAAACAUGACAAGAGUGCAGCUAAAGAAGAAGAGGAGGAGCCGUCUGUAUUCUUGAGUGAUAAAGUAUCUCUCUUCAAAGGUGACAUCACCACUCUGGAAGUGGAUGCCAUAGUGAAUGCUGCAAACUCCAGUCUGCUUGGCGGAGGAGGAGUGGACGGCUGCAUCCACAGAGCAGCGGGACAUUUCCUGUAUGAGGAGUGCCUUUCACUAAAUGGCUGUGACACGGGCAAAGCCAAGAUCACCUGUGGCUAUGACCUACCUGCCAAAUAUGUGAUCCAUACUGUGGGCCCAAUAGCCAGGGGAAAUGUUGGCCCUUCCCAAAAAACGGACCUGGAAUCCUGCUACAAAUACUCCCUCGAACUGCUGAAAGAGAAUGGGCUACGGUCUGUGGCCUUUCCAUGCAUCUCUACAGGAAUUUAUGGUUUCCCUAAUGAACCUGCUGCAGAGAUAGCGCUGAAGACUGUGAGGAACUGGCUCAAGAAGAACAAGGCUGAGAUCGACCGUGUCAUAUUCUGUGUUUUCCUGGAGAUGGAUCACAAGAUCUACAAAGACAAGAUGUCACGUGUCUUCUCAGCAGAUAAUGAAGUGGAGAAAAGUGAGUCUGCACAGGAGGAAGGUAACACCCCUCCUUCAAAGAAAUCCAAAAGUAAGAGCAAGGAUGGAGAAGAGGAUGCUGAUGAAGAGCAAGAGGAGGAGGAGGAAGAAGAGGGGAAGGGAGAAAAGGAGACUGAAGUCACACCCGUGGAGAACCAAAAAGAUCCAGCCGGUCCUGAGCCUGGGGGAUCCAGUGAGGAGAAGGAAACGACUGAUAGAGGGUCUGCUACAGAGGAGAAAAAGAAGAAAGUCCCAGAAAACCAGCCCGAGGAACAAGAGGAGAAAAAAGAAGGAGAGAAAGAAGGAUCAGAGGAACCUCCCGCGGAGACAGCACCAAGCCUGAACACUCCAUCACCUAAAGACCCCGCGGCACCAGAGAAGGAGGAAGACAAAAACUCAGUAGAUCCUGAGAAGUUCAAGGACGGCAGUCAGCCACCAGAGCCCAUGGAAAUGGAGGGAGAUGUAGGGGAAAGUCCAUCCACAGAGGCCAAGAAGACUGACACCAGCAACAAUGACGUUGAAAUGGAAUCUCAGAAUUUGGACUCUCAGGAAGCAGAGCCAGUGCAGGCAGACAGCAGUCAGUCCAAAGAUGACAGUGUAGAGCAGAUGGACACCCGAAAGGAAUGAGACGACAAUCAGCCUCAUGUGAAGAGAGCCGGCAAACUGUGUGAAGGCAAACACAUCACACCAAUAUAGUACCACACUGGGGAGUCCCCACAAUGCAGGGACACGACAUGUCCCCGUCUAUUACUUACCAUUCUUCCAUGUCAACCCUCUUUCUUUAUGCGAUCAAAUCAGUGAGAAAACUGACAUCUAUUGUAAAUGUAAACAGAAUUAAGGGGUGUAUAAAAUGAACAUAUCAGAGAGGUGAUUUUGGGGUGAGUGGGGAGGGUUUAUUCUGGGGGGACAUGGUUAUGUGACCUCGCUGAGAUGCUGCUUAAACAUUCCCAUUCUCUUGAGCAUCCUUGUGCUGGAAUUCAGCUGGUUUCAUGGCCCAUACAAAUCGCUAAAAAAAAAAAAAGGCAGAAGUUCCCUUAUCGUUCAAACAUAUCUACCGCUCACUAUUCACAAAGCUUUGGACGUGCUUACCUGAGGCUCAGUGUUCCUAAACAGCCUCGCUCAGAUGUCCGUGACUAACAGAACACACAGAUUGUUUCAGUCCUUUUCACUGAUCAACACUAACCCGACUGUGACAUGUUUUUCAUGUGUGUUUGAUUGCAUGUGUGUGUGUGGAUGUAUGGGUGGGUGUCUGUCAAAGGCAUUGAUGUCACUAAUUAAUGAAAUUCUAGAACAUAUUUUGUACAGAUAUGAGUGAGCUUUUAAAUCAAGCGAGUUAGACCAUCUAAUGUACAUCACACAGAACUACUCAGAGCUCGGUUUUCUUGCUGUUUCUCCGCCCGUGCUUCAUCACCUGAGCCCCCCCCUCUCCCUUGAUCUGACUGAGGUUUCUAACAGGGCUUGUGUACACGGUGUAGUCUGCUUCAAAAUGACAACAAGUGCUAAAAAUCUCUUUCAUCUCUCAAAUGGGCAUUGAUCAGUUUUUGAUCUUCAAAGCAACUCUGAUGGCUAAUUAAACGGGAAAGUAUCGUUAGUGUCACAUUGACAGCUCUGUUCUGCAGUCAGUUAACAGAUCCAUUCUGUCAACAUGUAUUUCCCCACAUGCAUGCCAACAUUGUUUUCCAGUUUUUCUUUUCCCUCCAGUAAUUACAGUCCUCCUCUUUCUCUCUAUCUCUUACUCUCUGUCUUAUGCUCUUUCUCUCAGCAAUUUUACCAGAUUGUCUUUCUGUCUCAAGUAUCUGCCUUAUCUGACAUGAUAGAAACUACAUGAUCACAAACUGGUGGUGGUAAAAAUGCUUACUUGUUUGUUGCUUCGAAUGAAUUGAUCCAUAUCCAAGGUGACGAGUGGUUGCUUUUUCUUUUCAAAACUAUUUUCUUUUGAUCAAUAUUUUUGGUUAAUAAAGCAAAAGAAGGCGUCAUUUCUUUCUAAAUAAAAGUUGAUUUGUUCCUUUCAGUGGUGCCAUACUGUAUAUCAGAUGAACUUAUGCCUUCAUACUUUGAUGUUUGCUUUGCUAUACAACAACAAUGAAUAAAGUAUAAAAAGUUGUU